AUGGUUAUGGCACCGACUGCGUGUGUAUCGACUGCUGAAGUUUCGACUUUCAAGAAAGACUUCACGGCCUUGGACCAUCACGGUCUGGUCAGCAGUCAUGGCGAGGACACCUUGUCGCAAUCUUCGUUGACUGCCAAGGAUCUGGUACUGGAGGUGUUGAGGAAGCGUGCCUCCGAGGUGGAUGUGGACCACUGUGGUCCAGGUGAGGAGGAUGCGUUCUACGUCGCGGAUAUGGGGGAGGUCUACCGCCAGCAUAUGCGCUGGAAAAUGAACCUGGGCCGUGUGAAGCCCUUUUAUGCUGUCAAGUGCAACCCGGACCCUGAGGUCCUGCGCCUGAUGGCCCAGCUUGGAAACGGUUUCGACUGUGCUUCCAAGGCUGAGAUCGAUCUUGCCCUCCAGACGGGCAUCGAUCCCAGCCGUAUCAUCUACGCCCAGCCCUGCAAGACCAAGUCUUACUUGCGCUACGCAGCCGAGGUCGGCGUCAAGCAGAUGACCUUUGACAACGCCGAUGAACUGUACAAGAUCAAGGCCACUUUCCCGGAGGCGGAGCUCUACCUCCGCAUCCUGACCGAUGAUUCGACCAGCCUUUGCCGGCUGAGCAUGAAGUUUGGUGCUUCCAUGGACCUGGCUCGCCCCCUCUUGGAGCUUGCCUACAAGUUGGACCUGAAGGUUGUCGGAGUCAGCUUCCACGUGGGAUCUGGCGCCGAGGACCCCCGGGCCUUCCUCAAGGCCGUCCAAGACGCCCGCUUGGUCUUUGACCACGCCAGCGAGAUCGGCCACGAGCUUCACACUCUGGAUGUGGGCGGCGGCUUCUGUCAGGAUAGCUUUGAGAAGUUUGCUGGUAUCCUCGGCGACGCCGUGGACUCCUACUUCCCUCCCAACAUCCGUGUCAUCGCGGAGCCCGGCCGCUACUACGUGGCCACCGCCUAUACCCUGGCUGCCAACGUGAUUGCCCGCCGCGACAUCCCAGACCCUGUGGAUCCCUCGCGUGACGCGUACAUGCUGUACCUAAACGAUGGCGUUUACGGCAAUUUCUCGAACAUCAUCUUCGACCAUCAGCACCCCGUUGCCCAGGUGCUCACUUGUGCCUCUGAGGGCUCCCAGCCUGGCUCUCCGAACUCUGCGACUUCGGAGAAAAUCACCUACUCCAUCUGGGGCCCUACCUGUGAUGGCAUCGAUGUCAUCACCGAGCGCAUCGACCUGCCUGGCCUGCUGAACACUGGUGACUGGCUUUACUUUGAAGAGAUGGGAGCCUACACCAAGUGCAGUGCCACUCGCUUCAAUGGAUUCUCUGAUAACCAUGAGGUUAUCUACAUCUCUAGUGAGACAGGUGCAUCUGCCCUUCUCAACUACUAG